UCAUAACCGAUCUGAAGUGCGCAGUGUUUCUUUGUAAUUGAUAGAGAGACACGAGAAGCGCAAGAUGUCUUAUCAACUAUAUCGAAAUACGACCAUCGGUAAUAGUUUACAAGAAAGUUUGGAUGAAUUAAUUCAGUAUGGACAAAUAACACCAAAUUUAGCAGUUAAAGUGCUUUUACAAUUUGAUAAACAUAUUAAUCAAGCUUUAGCUACGCGAGUAAAAUCACGUUUAACAUUUAAAGCCGGUAAAUUAAAUACAUACCGAUUCUGUGAUAAUGUAUGGACAUUUAUGUUAAAUGAUGUUGAAUUUCGAGAAGUACAAGAAAUUGCUCGAGUUGAUAAAGUCAAGAUUGUUGCGUGUGAUGGAAAAAAUGUGAAUGAUGAAGGAAAAAAAUAGUUCCAUGCCAAAUAGUUAACGAGUUACUUAAAAUUUUGUUUUAUUUUAUUAUUAUUAUUAACGAUUAAUUUACUUUCUUUUUUUUUAUUAAUAAUUAUUAUUGUCAAUUACAACAACAAAAGGCAUCUGCGAGACGCAGACGAUGUAAAAUAAUUUCUUUGCUAUUUUUCAUACACGGUGAAAAUUUUGUUCCUUGAUGUAUAAUCGACGAGAAAAGUUGUAUGUUUGUAUAAAAAAUAAUUAUUCGAAAUAUUUGAUAAAAAAAAAAAAUUUUAUAUUGUAAGUUUAAAAAGAGUCAAUAGAUGUUAAUUUAUAAGUAAA